AGUCCUUGGGAUGUGUACAAAACUCGACGCGUCGACCCACAAGUCCUCAGUUGGCUUCGAGUUUUGGAGCUAGCUUGAUUAGUAGUCCGCAUUUUUACUCGUACCUCUUUAAGUUUUCUGCAAACAUGAAGUGGUUCGUUUUACUGGGUUUGGUGCUCAGCAGCUCUGCUUUUGUUAAGCGAGAUGUCGGCUCCAACCUUUUCACGCCAGGAAAGGAGUACAUCUACGAUUUCACGAUCUGGUCCCAAGCCGGAUCCGCGGAUUACGUCUCAUUCGCCAGCACCUUCAACAUCACGGGUGACCUUCACGUUUCCUCGACUGGUAGCAACAUCAACGUUCGAUUGGACGGGAUUAAAUUCGGAGCUCACAAUGGAGAGUUUGACCCAUUCCACGCUCCCGAGUACUCCAUGAAGUCAUACGACCAGUUGAAGCCUCUGUCCGAGCCUUUCUCUGUUCAAGUGUCCAAUGGAAAGGCUAAGGGAAUCAUCCUCAACAAGAACAUUGAUGAAUGGGCCCACAACAUCAAGAGAGGUAUUGCUACCGCUCUACAACUCGACUUGACCAAGAUCGACAUCACCAAGGCCGAUCACUUUGAAACCCAAGAAGAAACCGUUGUCGGAGACUGUAAGACUGAUUACAUCGUUAUCCCAGGAGAAGACGACAACCAUGCUCCCUUGAACAAGGCUCAGGUCCGCAAAUUCAGGGCUCAUGGAGAUUGUAACGAUAUGCCAAAGCGAUACCGCAAACCCGGCGUUUCCAUUCAACUCUGUGCCGAUGACAAUAGCAGGGAUGUUCUCAACUCUACUGGUUUCGCCGUCUACGAUCUCGAAAUCCAAAGUGGUUCCCUGGUCGCCAAGAACAUCAAGGUCGGAUCCACCGUCAUUUACAACAUUUUCGGUGUUGAUGGACACACCCAACACUCUUUCACCAAGUUGAACAUGAUCCUCAAGAGCGUCGGCUCUGGAUCAGUUGCUUCCCCAUCCAACGCCCAAACUUACGAUGACCUCAAGUUUGAGUUUGAAAAUGACGUCAAGGAGGAUGAAGACCUUAAGGCCCCAAAACCUUUCUUCUUCCACCACAAGGGACAGGACCUCGACUCUGCUGGACAAAACCGUGCUGCUGAUCAGCUCGUGGCCAACAUCAAGAAGAUCCACCAAUCUCUGGAAUCCCCAGAAGUCUACAAGGAUGUUAAGGACUUCCACAAGGUCAGCCCUUACUCCCUCCUCCCAUUCGUUUCCGCUUUGGACUACCAACACUUGAAGGACUUGAGCAACAAGGUCAAGGGAGGAGAUGAGACUGAAUACAAAAUCUUCUUGGAUGCCUUGGUCAUGUCUGGAACUGGACCAGCUGCCCUUGUCCUCCGUGAUAUCGCCUCUACCACCACCGACACCGUUUACUUGGCUCGUAUCGUCGCCCCUCUGCCAAACUACAUCCGAAACCCAACUGAAAAUCUGUUGAAGGAACUUGAAGGCCUUAUCAAGCCCGAUAACACCAAGCCAAACGGUCGCAUCAUCGAAUUCGCCUUCGCUUCCCUCUUGGGCCGUACCUGCAAAAAAUCCGACUGUCAAAAAUCCGGCCUUUUGGACAAAUGGGUGAAAUACUGGGCUGACAAGAUCGAAUCUGGAGCCAACUUUGACGACAAGACUCAAGCUGUUAUCGCUCUCCGUAACGUCAACCAUGUCAAGUCUGCCGAGAAACUUUUGGCCGUUCUUCUCAACAAGAACCAAGAGAGGUCAAUCCGUUCCGCUGCCAUGUCUGGUGUCGCCCCUCUGCUCAAGAAGGACCCCCUCGUCUUCAAGAAGAGCGUUCUUCCAAUCUUCUUUGAUCGCCAAGAGGACUCUGAACUUCGUAACACCGCCGUUCAAUGGACCCUGCUCGCCGCCCCAGAAGAAUCCAUCUUCCAAGAAGUUGCUAUUUACAUGUGGCUCGAGAAGGAUCCCGAAGUUAAGAACUUUAUCCACACCCUCUUCAAGAGCGUCUCUGGAACCACCAAACCAUGCUUGAAGCACACCGGCUCAUGGGCCAAGACUGCUCUGCAAAUGCUCGGACCAUGGGAAGUUAAGGGCAAAUACUCUGGCACCUACAUUUCCGACUACCAUGAUUCUCAAUACAACUUCGGACAUCUGACUGCCACCUCUGUCCAGAAGAAUGGUCACAGCCUUCUUCCCCGAACCGUCUACCUCGGAUUCAGCGGACAAACCGCCGGAUACAGCACCAAGUACUUGUCCUUCUUCAUCCGUCUUGAAGGUUUCGGCAAAUCCCUUGCCUCCAGAAUCAUGUCCAUGACCACUGGUGUCAUCGAUUUCGACGAGAUCAAGGAAGUCUUGAACAAGAUCGGAGUCCAGGAACGUCAAGCUGACCCCCUUCGAAUUGAAAUCGCCGUCAUGCUCCACAACAGGGUCAUCGCCUACCACGCUGCUGACCAGAAGACCAUCACCACCAUCCCACAACUUAUGAAGAAGAUCGGAGAAAUGAAGAGCGCCGCUUACGACAAGGAAUUGGUCCGAAUGAUGCUCAUUGGUGGAAUCACGACCGAACAACCUAAUGAACUCGGAAUCCCAGUCUCAACCGUUAGCGCUGUCACCAGCGUUGUCGGCCUCCACGCCAAGGUUGGCUCCGAUAAGGCCGGAACCGCCAUGACCCGAAACUACGAAGUUCGCCUCAACUUGAACAUGCACGGACUUAGCGCUGUGAGCAACCAUCUUACUCCCUUCGGAACUGCCCACUCUGUUGAAGCCGCCCGAACCAUCCGAAUCAGAAUCCCACGCAAGAUCAGCUUGGGCUUGGAUGUUAAACAACAAUCCGUCAACUUCGUCAUUUCCGCACCAACUGAAGAUGACCCGGUCUUGGCCCAAGUUCAUGCCACCGCCGUCACCGCUGUUCACUCUGACACCCCCGCCGCCAUGAAAGACCAAGAUAUCAUCGAUCUUCUCCACCAAACUUGCCCAACUUGCAAGGGAAUGGCCAUGAUCUCCAAGGGAGAGAAAUUCCGUGAGGAACGUAAAUUGGGAUCAGGAUACAAGUACAAAAGCAUGGAAGGAAUCAACGCUGGAGCCAAAUACUACGAUUGCGAAAAGGUUCACUCCAGGAUCCAUGUCCUUAAGCAACUCAGAAAAUUCUUCGGACCAGAGAACAAGAACCUCGGUGGCCGUUUCGGACGCCCACUCACCCUCUUCCGUCUCGGAGCCAGAUACAUGGUCCAAACUCUUUUCCUGUCCCCAACUACUGAAACUUGUGGAAUGAAGGCAUGGUACAAACAAGACACCGCUGCCCCAUCCGUCUUCGACAAGGUUGAAGGUCAAGCUAAGGUCAAAUAUGAGGAGGAUCCCAAGGACAAACUCGGAAACAAGGCUAUGGUUAAGUCUUCUCUUAACUUCAAGUACACGGGAGCCACCCCCAAGACCCGAUCUCUCGACAUGACCCUUACCUUGGUGAAGACUGGUUUGGAGAAGAUUGAAGUCAAGACCAAAUUGGCUGCCAAGGAUGACGCCCUCAACAAGGGAGGAGUCGUUUGCGUCGACGUCACUGCUACUCAGGCCAAGGUUUCCGAUUUCUUCGACUACAAUGGCGAAAAUGAACCAACCUACGAACGCACCAUCAACGUUGCCUGGUCCAAGGACAUUUCUUCCAAGGAUGCUGGCUGCCCUGCCAACUCUGCCGGAAUCAAGAUCAACAAGAAGGCUCACCGUUCUCAAGCCCAAAAGGAUGAGGCCGCCUCCGACGCCUGGCCAUACAAGCAAUGCCGUGAACAAAAGAGCUCGCCCAAAUACCCCGGAGAUCUUACCCCAGCUACUGAACCUUGCCUGUGGGCCACCUACAAGCAGACCAACCUUCGUGAAUCUAACAUCACCAUCAACUACAAGGUUGACCCCGAAGCACGAAACCGAUGGAGGUAUCCUGGAGCCCUCGUUGCCGCCGUCCUUAUGCCAUACUGGGUCCCAAGCGACUCUGUUGAUGGUCAUGCCGCUCAUGGUGAUCAUGGAGUUUCUGCUGACGGACAUCUUCAAGGAGAACUCAAGCUUGAUGUGACUAUGGAUGAGGAACACCCAGAGGCUGAUAUCCACUGGCACGGAUCUGGUGGCGAGUCCGAACACUUCCACGGUGUCGACUUGAACUUCCUCCCAGGACCAUUGAAACGCCCAGUCCACUCUCGAUUCUCCGCAUUGAUGUACAAGGCUUUCGAUUUGGGAGUUUACGGAUAUUGUGAUGUCACUCCUCACGCUAUCCAGACCUUCGACAAUGCCACCUAUUAUGCUGACCUCUCUGAAUGCUACACGCUCAUUGCUGGUGAUUGCUCUGAUAAGCCACGAUUCGUCGUUCUUGGAAAGAAAAUCUCCAAUGACAAGCUUGGUGUUAAGAUUUUGGCUGGUGAACACAAGGUCGAAUUAAACGACCUGAACAAUGUCAUCAUUGACGGCAAAUCUCAGUCACUUUCCGACAAGCUCAUCUUCCCCGAGGGUGACACCAAGGUCUUCAAGAUCUACAAGCACGACGAGAACAACGUGUUCCUCCUCUCCAAAUCCUUGGGACUUGCCAUCAGAUACACGGGUCACUACACCACCGUCACCAUCGGAAGCAGAUUCCGUGCCCAACAGUGCGGUCUUUGCGGAAACUUUGACGGUUGUCGCAAGAACGAUUUCACCGGUCCUGCCACCACCUGCAAGAACUUGCAGCCAUCUGACAUGACCAAGGCUUACAUCGUCCGUGAGGGAAGCUGUGCCGGUGUUGGUUCCGUUUGCCCAAGCAGUUAAAUCAAGCUGCCCACAACAACAUCAUGUAUUACUACUUGUACCAACUUUAACUAACCUGAAAACUUGUCUAAAUUUUUAACAACUUAAUAAAUCUGAACGAGACAAGGACCCCCUACGAAAAAUAA